AUGGCAUCAGAAGCAACUGUGUCUUCUAGUAUCACUAACAAUUCAACAAUGAUGCGUAUCACGAUUAUCCUCGCCUGCGUCAUUGGUGCCUUGGCCGAAGCGCCUUUCUCAGAAUAUGGACUUCCAGUUAAGUCAGCCCCGUACCCGGCUUCCGCACCUUAUCCAGCGGCUAAGGUCGUAAAGCCUCAUGAUGAAUAUGGUGUACCAGAAGUUAAGGCGCCAGCUAAGCCAAUUCUCACCAAGUACGCCUACGACAUCCCGGCAGUCACCCCGAAAUCCGCCCCAUACCCUGCUCCAGCUCCAUACCCAGCUCCGGUUCCAGUUGUUAAGUCUGCACCAUACCCUGCCGCCAAGCCCCAUGAUGUCUAUGGAGUACCAGAAGUUGAACAACCUAAGCCAGUCGUGCCUGUGGUGACCAAGUAUGCCUACGACAUCCCGAAAAGCGCCCCAUACCCUGCUCCAGCUCCAUACCCAGCACCAGUUCCAGUUGUUAAGUCUGCACCAUACCCCGCCGCCAAGCCCCAUGAUGUCUAUGGUGUACCAGAAGUUGAACAGCCAAAACCUGUUGUGCCAAUUGUGACCAAGUACGCUUUCGACAUCCCAAAGACCGUGCCAAAGUCAGCCCCAUACCCAGCUGCCAAGCCUCAUGAUACCUAUGGCCCACCAGUUGUCAAGACCGCACCAUACCCCGCUGCUGUUCCAGUCGUCAAGAGUGCCCCAUACCCAGCUGCCAAGCCUCAUGAUGUUUACGGAGUUCCAGAAGUUGAGCAGCCCAAACCUGUUGUGCCAAUUGUGACCAAAUAUGCCUUCGACAUCCCCAAGAGCGCCCCAUACCCUGCCCCAGCUCCAUACCCAGCACCAGUUCCAGUUGUCAAGUCUGCACCAUACCCCGCCGCCAAGCCCCAUGAUGUCUAUGGAGUCCCAGAAGUUGAACAGCCCAAGCCUGUUGUCCCAAUUGUGACCAAGUACGCUUUUGACAUCCCGAAGACCGUGCCCAAGCCAGCCCCCUACCCAGCACCGGUUCCAGUCCAGCCUCAUGAUACCUACGGCCCACCAGCAGUCAAGACCGCCCCGUACCCAGCUCCCCAUGAAACAUAUGGUGUACCCGUUGAACAGCCCAAACCUGUUGCACCAAUCGUGACCAAAUACAUGUACGACAUCCCCGCUGAGACCCCAAAACCAGCACCGUACCCAGCGCCCGUGCCACACCAGGAAUACGGACCACCAGCUGUAAAGAAGGUCGUCGUCCCUCAUGACACCUAUGGAGUACCAGAAGUUAAAGUGAUCGCCAAGCCAAUCGUCAGCGAAUACAAAUUCGACAUCCCGGCCACCACUGCUGCACCAAAGGUUGUGCCACAUGCCGUUUACGGUGUUCCCGGCAACUUCUAA